AUGCCCACAGCAGUCCCUCCGCACAAUGAUACCGCCAUGGGCACCAUGGGCACAACAGACCCGGACCACCCACUCCCGUUCAUGGAUCGAACGCCCGCGCUCUCCCAUCGCAUGAAGCACGACAAGUCUAUCCUGGCACUAGCACUGUCCUCGCAAUACAUCUUUGCCGGUACACAGGGCGGAGAGAUAUUGGUUUACAGCCUCGAUACCUACGAGCUUCGUAGAGUCAUACAUGGACACAAGGGUAGCGUGCUUGGCCUGUGCCUGUCGCAAGACCGCAAAUGGCUCUUUUCGAGUGCGGCAGACCCAAUUGUCAAUGUCUGGUGCACGUCGACUUUCAAGCAUCUCUAUGCCCUCUGGUCUCCCUACGACAUUGGCGAUAUUUUCUGUGUCGCCUACUCAUCCCAACACCAUACUGUAUACCUUGGCGCCCAAAACACAAGCAUACAGUGGUAUGACUUGAAGGAAAAGGAUACCCGGCCCACGCCUAGCCUCUCUUCGCGCCCGACCGAGCGCAAGAACAGAUUCUUUGACUCACUCGGACCCGGCGGUGCCCAAACACCAAGGCCUGCUGGUGCAGACACAAGGCCGCGAGAUGCAGCGGGUGGACAAGAACUGCAGAUCGACAGUCACGACAUUUGUCAGUUUGCCCACUAUGGAUACGUACACUGCAUGCUCGUGGGGAGCGGCAUACUGCCCGAAGCACCAUCGGAAGAAGUGCUAGUCUCCGGAGGCGGAGACGGACGCAUCCUAUUAUGGAGAAUAGAUCCAUCACAGCGGGGCAGCAUAUCAGCCAUCUGCACGCUCGAAGACGGGAGAGAAGAGGGCGAAUCAAUCCUGUCCCUGGCUAGAGAAGGGUCUUUCCUGUACAGCGGACGCUUCGAUGGCGAAGUCAACGUGUGGGACCUAGAAACCAGGCAACUAGUGCGAAGCCUAAAGGCGAGCACUGGCGACGUGCAUACGUUGUCGUUAGGCUCCGGUGUCUUGUAUGCCGGUGGUAAGACUGGUGCUAUGCAGAAAUUCAACGAGCAUUAUGAGACGAUUACGACUUUUCAAGCACACGACGGCUUGAUCCUCGCAUCAGCCUUCACACGCUAUGCAGACAAGUCAAUACUGGUCACGGGCGGCAAUGACAACACCGUCGUCGUAUGGGAAGUCAAGGAUUGCGCGGAGCCGGAUGCCACUACGAGAAGAAGCAAUAAUGAUCUCAUGGUGGAGUCUUUGAGUCAAUUCGUCUCGUUUCGGACCGUAUCGUCGCUGCCCAAGUAUCGUGCGGACUGCCGCCGAGGUGCAUCCUACCUUAGGUCGGUUUUUCAGAAUUUCGGUGCCGUAACCGAGAUGAUCAACACUUCCGACUACAACCCAAUAGUAUUUGCCAAGUUCCGUGGUAACCCCGCCACCGCUGCAUCGCGAAAGAAGAUUUUGUUUUACGGCCACUACGAUGUCAUACCUGCAGAAAACGAGCAGCGCAAGUGGAAGCAUGAUCCCUUCACUCUUACAGGAGAAGGGGGCUACUUGUAUGGCCGUGGCGCGUCCGAUAACAAGGGCCCUAUUAUGGCUGCCAUCUAUGCCGCACAUGAAUUGGCCAAUGAACAGAGCUUGGAUUCUGACAUCAUCUUUCUCAUCGAAGGUGAAGAGGAAAGCGGCUCUCGUGGCUUUGAAAAGGCCGUACGGGCUAGAAAAGACCUCAUCGGUGACGUUGACUGGAUUCUCCUAGCAAACAGCUACUGGCUCGAUGACCAUGUACCAUGUCUGACGUAUGGACUGCGAGGCGUAAUUCACGCUACUGUGCAGAUUGAAAGUAAGCACCCGGACCUACACAGCGGUGUUGACGGCAGCGCACUACUGGAUGAGCCGCUCAAGGAUCUCGUCAUGCUGCUUUCAAAAUUGACUGCUCGACAUGGCAAGGUCCAGAUUCCUGGUUUCUACGAUCCCAUCUUGCCUCUGGCCGAUGAUGAGAGGGAGCUGUACACUGAGAUCACUAAUACGCUCUUGCGCUGCAACCCUGGCCUAGGCGAUGCAGAUGAAUUGGCACAGUCACUGAUGCGAAGAUGGCGUGAAGCAUCGCUUACUAUACAUCGCUUCCAGACAUCGGGCCCAGACAACUCGACCAUUAUCCCGCAUCUUGCAAAGGCAGCUCUGUCUAUCCGUCUAGUACCUAACCAAGAAGCCGGGGAUGUAGCCAAGGCACUGAAGUCGUUUCUACAAGAUGAGUUUGAGCAACUCGACUCGAAGAACGAACUCAAGGUUACCAUUGAUCACCAAGCUGAGCCAUGGCUGGGCGACUUUGGCAACGAAAUAUUUCAGACGCUCGAACGCGCCAUCAUGUCGGUGUGGGGCCCACGACUGGGCCAAAGGAGAGAGAGCAUGUCGGCUGCAAAGGCCUCGGACUACUUUUCAGCGAAUUCAAAGAGUGUAACAGAAGCCAGCGCUGCUGCUAAGAAAUCCGCUGUGCCCACAACAUCCAACACGCUAGCCAAUUCUUCAGAUCCAUCUCUUGCCACUGCAAUCGACCAAGGCUCUGACGCUUCGACACCAGAUCCGACAGAGGAGGAAUUUGUUCCACGCAAGCCCCUUUAUAUUCGCGAGGGUGGCUCCAUCCCCAGCAUCCGGUUCCUGGAGAAGGAAUUCAAUGCGCCUGCUGCGCAUCUUCCGUGCGGUCAGGCAAGUGACAGUGCACAUUUAGACAACGAGCGGUUGAGGCUGGUCAAUCUAUACAAUAGUAAGAAGAUUUUCAAAGAGGUGUUUAGGGAGUUGCCGCGGAAAUGA